AUGGCAAGCACUGUUUCCGCAGGAUCACCCGACGAGUCCGUGAGCAUAGUUUAUCUGGGAAUGCCGAUUGUCCCAGCAGUUACCGAGUUGAUCAUUGCUCAGUUUAUGUACUUAGAUUAUAAUGACUCUUCAAAGCCUAUAUUUCUCUAUAUAAACUCAUCGGGGACACAGAAUGAGAAGAUGGAGACUGUUGGAUCAGAGACUGAGGCUUUUGCCAUAGCUGACGCUAUGUGUUACGUCAAACCAGAUGUUUAUACCAUCAAUUGUGGCAUGGCUUAUGGUCAAGCGGCAAUGCUUCUGUCUCUUGGGAACAAAGGGAAGCGUUCAGUACUACCACAUUCAUCGACGAAAUUAUAUCUGCCUAAAGUGAACAGAUCAGCAGGAGCUGCCAUAGACAUGUGGAUAAAGGCUAAGGAACUUGAUUCAAAUACGGAUUACUACGUGGAUCUAUUAGCACAGGGAACCGGGAAAUCCAAGGAGGAGAUCUACGAGGACAUCAAGCGACCUAAGUAUCUCCAAGCACAAGAUGCUAUCGACUAUGGCAUUGCAGACAAGAUAGCUGACAAAACAGAGAAACGGUAUCACAAAAAGGACAAGGAUAUGAGUGCUCGACUUAGAGCCAUGGGGUUACCUGAAGGAGGCACUUCGCCAGCUCCAUCCGGGUUUAGGUGAUGGAAAUGGCAAGCACUGUUUCCGCAGGAUCACCCGACGAGGUAAGAUAUCUGCUUGCCUAGUCUCUCUGGAACACUUUGUGGUUACAGACUUACAGUCUUAGGCCUAUAUUUUCAAAGACAUAGGGCUACUCAUGUGGCAAUUUGAAUGAAAAGAUACUUACAAAUGUGGGUGUAUACAUGCAUGUAACCUAUUUUAUGCCAUCAACUUCACUUAAAAUGUGAAAUGGUUUGCAUUUUCCGACA